UACUCUUCUGCGUUGGGAUCUGCCAACUCGACGGCGCGAUGGAGAAGCGGAAGCAGCUCCUUGACUCGCUGGACGCAGCCUUUGCGGCGAAGAAGCCCAAGCUCACGCAUGCCAAACCACUCGCACCUGGCAUCGUCCAGUCCAGCAAACCUAACCAGAAGGCUAACCAGAAAGCCAAUAACACGGUUGGCAACCAAAAAGGUAACCAGAAGGGCUACCAGAAGCCCAAGUCUGCACCUCCCAGCAAGCCGACUGCCAAGCAGCAAGCAGCCAAGUCUACUGUCGACCCACUUUACGCGACGCUGACCGACGACGUCAAGCUGCGUCUGGCGCCAAGCGCCACGAAAGGGCGCCAAAACAUUAAGCUUCUCGAGACGCAGCUCGCUGCGAUGGCGCUCAAGAAGCCGUCGACGACUGAGGACUUUGUGGAGAAAAUCAAGAGCAAGGCACUGCAGCUGCACAACCCACAUAAGGCCAAGAAGACAGUCAACGCAGCGCUGCAGUCCAUCAACUUUCCCAAGCGUCUGAGCCAAGGGCAGCGUCGGGCCGCUGGCUUCCACGUCGCGACGCCCUCUCUUCCGUAUGCGUCGGCCUUGGAGCUGCACGAUCUCUGGCUGCAGUACAUGGCCGACCUCAUCGGCAACGAGGAUCUGUCGGUGAUCCCGGCUAGCACCUCGUUUGCUACGUGCUCUUUUGGCGCCAAGCUCCGCAAGGCCGACUACAACGGUUGUCUUUUGACAGUCGUGCGGUCGCGGAAUCCGGGUCUCAUCGGGCUCGAAGGCGUCGUCUUGGCCGAGCACAAGAACGUCUUUCAGCUCGUGACGGCCAAAGAAAAGGUCGUCCUCGUGCCCAAAGUCGGCUCGUCCUUUGCGUUUACAUUGGACACGAGCACGUUCCGCUUUGAAGGUGACGACUUUGCGUCGCGGCAGUAGAAAAACUCAACUUUUUAUCGACCUUGUCAAAU